AUUAGUUUAGUUAACGAUAUCGGCUUAACAAUAUUUGCAUAGUUGCAUCUGGUAUAACGCGUUUUAGAUAUGACAAAUGACGUUUCUGGGGUAAAGCGAAAAUCUGCUGCGACUAAUUAUAUUUUUCCAACCAGAACGAUACGGUCGAUAGUUUCAUAUGAUUUCUCUCCGUGUGUAUACGCGUAAAAGUUAUCAAAAGGUCAGUUGAUAGGGCUGAGAUUUCGGGGCGAAUUCUCUCGGGUACCGGAUCUCCGCAGCAUCCCUUCGCCUCUCCCCCCCCCCUCCCUCGCCCCGCCCUCUCCACCCUUCCGCCCCUCCGAUCCUCCAUCCCUUAGCCGUAAGCGGGGGCGGGUGCCCCGCUUGACGAUCGAGUGUGCGAGCGCCUUGGCGCUCAGUAAGCGGCCAGCCGCCACAGAGUACGGUUCGUUCGUUCGUUCGUACGCAGGCACGGUAAUCUCAGGUGCAGCUCGCGCGUUGGAGAAUCACCCGAGUGAUAUCCACCACCACCGAAAGUGUUAUAAGUAAGUGCAACUGGCUUGAGGUUGAUGUUAAGUAUAACAAAGGUUACCACGAGGAGUGCAUCGUCGCCUGGAACAAUCGAGUCGGAACACCCUGAUCAUAUUCGAAAGCUUCGGAUCCUCUUCGAGGGACUUCCGUCGUUGAUAUAUCGCGAGUGAAUGGUGAACAGUGAUUCAAUGUCGCGUUCAUCGCAUUAGUUGGGUGCAGGUUCGAUCAGCGGCCAAGAGUGCAGGGGUGUCCGUAAGGUAGCGCGAUUGUUAACCGCGGGAAUUGGUAAAGUCACAUGGGAUAAGGGUGGACCGAAACCUAGAGGCCUGGACCGAUAACCAACACCGUUGUUGUAACCGGAGUCAUUACACUAUUUGAGGGUACUGCCAUGCAGGCAGAGCCGCGGUGCUAGUUGGAAGAUCGUAGUCUCUUCCGGGUCCGAAACCCAGCGAUAAUGGCGCGGGUCCAGACCCUUUCAAACUGCCUUGCACUGCUGCUGGUGGUCGGCAUUCGACUGGCCGAGGCUGGGGGCGAGGGUUACAUGAAGAUGUUCGCGGCCCAGCAGAACCCCGUUGAUCCUUGCUUCGACGAGGACAGACCGCGGCGGUGCAUCCCUGACUUCGUUAACGCGGCCUUCGGGACAGCCGUCGAAGCAUCAUCGACGUGCGGAAGUGGUGGACCGACGCGUUACUGCGACGUCUCCGAUGUUCCAGGGGGCAGUCCGGGCCCCUGUCACGUUUGCGACGACUCAACGCCGCGGCGGCGGUUCCCCGCGAGUUACUUGACCGACCUCAACAACCCUAACAACAUCACCUGCUGGAGGAGCGAGCCUCUGGUAUCGUCGCAGAGCUUUUCGGCGCCCCCGGAUAACGUAACGCUGACCUUGUCGUUGGGGAAGAAGUACGAGCUGACGUACGUCAGCCUCCAGUUCUGCCCCCGGGCCGCGAAGCCGGACUCCAUCGCCAUAUACAAGUCCAUGGACUACGGGAAGACCUGGCAGGCCUUCCAAUUCUACUCGUCCCAGUGCCGCCGCGUCUAUGGGAGGCCGAAUCGUGCCACCAUAACCAAGGCCAACGAGCAGGAGGCACGCUGCACGGACAGUCAUCGGUACACCGGAGGCGACGGACUCGCACCCGUCGGACGCAUAGCCUUCAGCACCCUCGAGGGACGCCCGUCGGCUUCGGACUUCGACAACUCGCCGGUGCUCCAGGACUGGGUUACCGCGACGGACAUCAAGGUUGUUUUCAACCGGCUUCACCUCCCCCAUGGUCAGGAAGAGUUCGCGCCUCAGGAGGAGAUCCAGACGGCCGAGGAGACCGGCGUUGUCAAGGAGCUUAGGAAGGACCUCCAGGAGCGUGCCAAGGCCAAGGGCCAUUCCAAAGCCCAGUUCGCCAAGGCUGAUGGGCUCGAGUCCGCUGGACCCACCGUACUUCCGUCCGUUCAGGUGAUCGGACCACAGGAAAUGCAGUCCAACGACGCUCUGGACAUCGACGUUAGGGAUAUGAGCCUCGUCACCACCACCGUCAUCACGACCACAUCGACCACCCUCGCUCACCACUACGCUGUUUCCGACUUCACCGUUGGCGGUCGGUGCAAGUGCAACGGGCACGCGGCGAGGUGCGUUCCUGACAAGGAGGGCGAGCUCUUGUGCGAUUGCAGACACAACACGGCCGGCAGAGACUGCGAACGGUGCAGGCCUUUCCACUUCGAUCGACCAUGGGCAAGGGCCACUGCCAAGGAGGCGAACGAGUGCAAGGCCUGCAACUGCAACCUCCACGCGCGAAAGUGCCGAUUCAACAUGGAACUCUACAAGCUGUCGGGUCGCGUCAGCGGCGGCGUUUGUCUUCAGUGCCGACACUUCACGGCCGGCAGACACUGCCACUAUUGCAGAGAAGGCUACUACAGAGACCCGGCAAGACCGAUCACCCAUCGGAAGGCCUGCAAACCGUGCGACUGCCACCCCAUAGGUGCCUCGGGCAAGACGUGCAACCAGAGCACCGGCCAGUGCCCCUGCAAAGACGGAGUAACUGGAAUAACGUGCAACAGAUGCGCCAGGGGCUACCAGCAGAGCAGAUCCCACAUUGCGCCGUGCAUAAUAUUUUCAGAAAUCCCGAAGGUAGUGCAGACCCAGGGGAUGGCCGGCGAGGAUAGCGGGGAACACGAGGAAACCGAACACGAAUACGGCUACGAUGGACGCGCCGACCAAUGCGGAAAGUGUCGCGCAGGCACAAGAAGACUAAACCUAAACAAGUACUGCAAAAGAGACUUCGCCAUCAUGGGUAAAGUGACGGACAGACACGUGGAGAAUGGUGCUGGAGGUUCUGGGUCGGCGGAAUGGGUCCGGUUCACCAUUCAGGUCCAGAGCGUCUACAAACGGGCCCGAGAAUCUCGCCUCCGUCGGGGCCCUAUGGCCCUCUACGUCCACGCCGCCGAUCUCGCCUGCAAGUGUCCGAAGGUCAAGGCCAACAAAUCCUAUUUGAUACUGGGUCGAGAGAACGACGGUGGACGUCAGGGAGCUUUGACGGCAACGCAACGGUCAAUUGUAAUAGAAUGGCGCGACGAGUGGCACCGUCGAAUGCGUCGUUUUCAACGACGAGCGAGAUCUUGUCAUUGAAUAUCCUUCCAGAGUCAUAUUCUCGGGACGAAGAAUAAAAAUUACGUUAAUCCUAUUUAUAUGUAAUUUAAAAUCGCGCCAUAUAUUAUAUAUGUACACAUAGGCUACACACACACACACACACACACACACACACAGACACACACGCAUACACCUACAAAUAUAUAAUAUAAUAUGAAUGUCAACGGUCAACGUGAACUCUAAAAAUAAUACGCAAAACGCAGCAUCACUCAGCCCCGUAUUUACCCUGCAUACGCGUUUCCAAAUAAUAAUAAUAACAACAAUCAUAUGAUAAUAAUGAUAAUAGUAAUAAUAAAGAUAACGACAAUUGCAGUGCAAUAAUAAAUAAACAUGUCGACGUUUCGCCCAUUUUUUCCCCCAACACUUGGUGUCUGCAUAAGUGCAACUACAUUGGCACGUUAAAUACAUCUAUACGGCGUGGAUUCCUAACGACCGCAUGGUCGGUCAUCUGCUAAAAUUCAGUGCGCACGCACUCCAAUGCAAGAAUGGCUGUUUGCCAGGGUGACCAACCGUCAUAACCGUAACCUCAAAAUUUUAAACAGUUUUCGCUGGCAGUUGUACUCAAUAACGACAACUAUCAACAUUUUCGAGGUUACAUAAAUCGCCACCAAGUGUCGUUUAAAUUUAUGACGGCUGGUCACCGUGGGAAACAGCUGCUCUCGGAUUGUAGCGCGUGCGCAUUAAAUUUUAGCAGACGAUGGACCAUUCAGUCGUUCAGAAUUCACUUCGUAUAUAUUAUUCGAUUUAACGUUUUUUAUGCAUAUUAUUAUUGUUAUUGCUUUUCUUCUUGUUCUUUUUCUUUUUCUUCUUCUUCUUUUUAUUAUUAUUAUUAUUACUAUUAUUAUUAUUAUAUAGCUUUGUGUAUUAUAUGUUUUUCCCUUGCAUCUCAGCGCGCGUGCAGCGUAUAAUGUAGGUACUUAUAUGUAUAAUGUAAUAUGUAAUGUAAUAUCGUAAAAUAAUAUCAUGUUAUAUUAAGAUCUGAUAUUAUAGUUAUUUAUCGAAUUUUCUAUGUUUCUAUUACGUAUACGUACAUGUAUGUGUAUAUAUAUAUAUUUAUAUAUAUGAUGUAUAUGUAUAUGUAUAUAUAUAUAUAUCAUAUGUUUAUUGAGAUAAUAAUCUACCCUUAUUAUUAAUCGCAAUUCAAACUUUAUAAUAACGGAAGUAUAUAUGAGAAGAUAUUAAUUCGGAACAAAUCUGUUCAGUCGAUGUAUGUAUGUAUGCAUGUGUGUGUGCGCGUGUAUAUAUAUUUUUUUUUUCUUUUAUUCGCCGAAUGUGAAGUAUAUAAUAAUAAUGAUAAUAAUAACAAUUCUCGAAAUUUUUCCAUUUUUCUCUUAACAGCCGGUGGUUUGAUUCAUAUUCUUAAUAUAUGUCGAAAAUCUAACAUCGAAACGCAAAGUACAGAAAACAAUAAACAGAUAAGAAGAUUUGAUUGCGACGAACUGCAAGUUAUAUUGGAAUAUUAUAAAAGCUACGUAAUACGGUUUUACGCAACGACGUGGGAAAGCAAAAAUGCCGAGCUGCGAAAAAGGGAAGCAGAAAAUAUUCAUAAAUUAGGACUAUGCGAUCGUUUUCUUCAUAGACGUAGCCUGGUUAAUUUGUUAUUUCGUGAUUUACUUUGACAAGUUUUCGCGCCUUGCGCUGUCGAUAUUUGCGGUGUAAACGCGGCAUGAUGCGCAUAAUUCACCGAAGGAUAGAUCCGAACCUCUGGAAUCACAAACUUCCUCUUUGCAUCCCUGGAACCCCUCUUUAUCGCUCCCACCCUCUCUCUCUCUCUCUUUUUCUCUCUUUCUCUGCAUUACAAACUCCUAAAUUAAACACUCGUAUAUGACCGUAAAAAUUAUCGAGUCUACCCAAUUUUUUUAUGAGCCAUUGAAAAGUUGCAUGUUCUUUUUUUCAUUCGUCUUGGAAAAUAUGAAUUCCACGCAAUUUUUAUUUCCGGACAUUGAAUUACACCCUUAGGGUUUAUACGUAAUAUACAUCCAGCCUUUUCUCCUCAUUCGCGUUUACUUUUCCUACUGCAUGGUUUCCAAUAUUAUAAUUUUUGAU